AUGUUGUCUAAUGGGACCCAUGACGCUGCUACGAGCGGCGAUGCGAGGAAACAGAAUCACUCAUACACAACCCGUCAGGGAAGCCAACCGCAUGAAUCGCAUCAGUAUGCACGACCUGCAAGCCUGUCUUCGCAGCGCUCGGCGAGGAACCACUACGGCGGCUCUAGCCAUUCGGGACAUGCUCGUGCGUCACCGACCAAGAAGGACCAGAAGCAAGUCAUCUUUCAAUUGGUGGAUCCCGGUGACCCGAAGCUGCAAGCUCGCCUGCCCAUGCGAGUGAUGCUCUCCCCCAAGGACACCACCGAGUCCAUCAUCACGACGGUGAAAAACUUUUGGGGUCUGUAUGAGCACGGAGUCAGUUUCGAGAACAAGGAGGGCAUCAGCAUCAUCGCUACGUUUGACAACUUCGAUUAUGACAUGACCGUCUUCGUCAGGACAGUGCCAUUGCCGCCCAGCGUGCUUGGUGAACACGCCAGGGAUUCAGCAUCUCCGGUCAAGCCUACUCUGGGCGCACCUUUCGAAAUGCGCCCGAGCCUGCAUGGAACGCGCUCGCCGUCCCGAUCCGCCGCUCGUUCUGCCGGAGUACGUAGUGUGUCUCCUCAGUCUGAAAUGGACCGUCGCAGCGUCUCUGCUGCACCCGGCGCCAAGUCGCGAUCGCAGCGUAAGCAGAGCCGCGACACUGGCGCGCUGGGUGACGGCGAAGGCUACAGCAGCGGCAUCGACGAUCAGGGAUCGGUGACCAGCUCGCGUCGAUCCAAGGUCGAAGAGAUCAAGGCCGAGAUCACCGUCGAUAACAUUGUCGAGGGCGGCCGUCGUAAGAGGAUGUUCGAAAGCUCAGUAAGUUCGGAACUUCCUCUGUUCGUCCCACCACAAAUUCCCAUAAGCGCUUCUAUAUCCUCAACAUCUCCUCAACGUCGGGCGAACCAUAUCAGCACGGCGUCGCCAUACGCUUUCUCCAACCAACAAACCUUCUCUUAUCAACACCCGCUGCCGUCGCCGCAGAGCUUCGUCGGUGGUUCUGUCCAUGGUCACAAUGGAUUUCCUAGCAAUCCUUACCAAAGCACCAUGCCACGUCCGAUGCGCGGAGCACGAAGCAGCGGUGCUAGCUAUUCAUCUCAUCGUCACUCGAAUGGCAUUCUGCCCACUCCGGAUCCCACCGUGGGCAGUGUCAUCUCUGACGAGGACGUUGCGCUACAGCUGAUGCGCCUCGGUGACCCUGCAGCCUUCUCGCACGGGCGAACGUCGACGUCUACCUACGACGACGCCUUGAGUGGUAAGGCCGACGCUGCUUCCUCAUGCGAAGGCAGCUCUGCCGACGAGGACGAGGACGACGAGGAUGUCAGGCACGGCAUCGAGGAUAAGAGAGGUUUGCCCACGGCAGCACGAGGCGAUGCUGGUCCUCAACGAAAGAAGCAGCGAUUGAUGAAUGACCAUACGAGCGAUGCCACCAGCGCCGACGAGUAUGAUGACCGGCGCGACGCACCAUUCAUCGGCGAGGCCAAUGGCGCACGUCCCAGUGUCGACGGCAAAUUUGCUAAGGUCAAGAGCAAGUCGCGCAUCUCUGCCGUGCCUAACGGGGCAUCGAUCAAGGCGGGCAAACCACGAGCACCUUCAAUGUCCAAGCCGAAGAAGACACCCGUGCCGACCACAAAGGCACCAAUGUCGCCGGCCUCGCUGCCAUCCCAAUCGCGCAAGGCCUCUGUAGGCUCCACCAUCAACUUCCAGAAUCAACUUGGGCCCAAUGAGGAAGACCUGUCCUCCAAACCUCGGUGCCAACGGUGCCGCAAGAGUAAGAAGGGCUGUGACCGCCAGCGCCCAUGCGGCCGCUGCAAAGACGCCGGUAUCGGCAUCGACGGUUGCGUCAGCGAAGACGAGGGCAAUGGCCGCAAGGGCCGAUACGGGCGACACAUGAAUAUUCCCAUCAAGAAGGGCGACGAGGUGAUGAUGGACGGCACGGAGCCUCCGGUGGUUCAUCAGCACCCCAACGCGGUACCUGCGAACGGAUAUUUCCUUGCGCCGGCCCUGCCAGACAAGAACAAGAAGCGCAAGAAAUAG